AUGCCUGGAAAAUGGCAUGGGAGAAAGUCCCUCGAAGGUCCCACGAAGGGGACCUAUAUAGAGGGCGAGGUUUACGAUGAUGGAGGCGACCCACAAGGCACAGUGGUCUUGUGGGUGAAGCGCCUGUUCGCCCCGGGAGAGACCGGGAGGACUUUGCAUGGGGACGUGGUGACUGCUACCGAUCCAUAUUACAGAUGGUGGCUUGCGAGUCCAGACGGGGCAGUCACCACGGUGGACGGAGCAUAUCAUAUAUGCAAAGGUCCUCCCGCCGAAUGUAAGGGCGGAACAGGAGAACAUGUGGUCCACUUAGGCAAGUGGCGACAGUGCAAGGAAGAAGAGCUCGUUGACAACACCGGAGGGAUCCUAGAUGAGGAUACGCAUGGACAUGUGCAGGCAUAUUUCAAAAGAGAAAAGGCUGCAAUGAAGAGAACGACAGAGAGGAAAGGGUCGGAAGAAGAAUUGGUGAAGAAAAAGAAAAGGCUGACAGAGUUGGCCAGAGACCUCAAAGCCCUGAAGGCGGAGGUGAAGACUAGCCCGGAACCCGGUGGAUCGUCUUCGGAGCCGGAUUCCGAUGAGGGCUCAUCCUCUGACAAGAGUUCAGGGCGCAACCAAAAGCGAACUUCAAGAAGCAGGGGAAAGAAGAAGCAGAGGAGCAAAGGACGGAUGGCCGAAUCAGAUGAAGAUCCCGACAGAUCGGAAGCCGAGGAUGAUUCGGAAUCGGAUUUUCAAAAGGCCCCCGCGGGGAUGACGCUGUUUCUGAAGUUGCAGCGUUACGCUCAGCGGCACCCCGGCCGGCUCGCGGCCCGUCUCCUCCAUACCAUGGGGGUAGCGGGGCGCGUCCCCGUGGGGGCCUUGCGACAAAAGGGGAAGAGCAUUCUCAAAAACAUCGAGGCAAACGCAGUGUCCUACUACAACGUGGCCUUGGUCCCGAACCUGAAGGCGAAAUGGACUCCACGAUCCGGGAGAGAAUUGAAGUACCUCACAAUUCUCCUGGACCUACUGGUCGAGAACAAGUCAGCGCAGGCUGCCGACAUCAUUGCCCAGAGGAUCAAGGCUCUGGUGAAAAGCGUGCAAGACAACAACAGUUGGGUGAGGGCACGCUUCCUCGAGCUGGUGGAGCCAGACGACGAAGUAGAUGGUGGCGCCUUGGCAAACCGAAUCCCAGCGGAACCCAGUGAACCCCCAGACCCCAGAGGGGAGCUUCAGCGGAAGCGAAAGUCCGAAAAGGAUGUUGAGUCGCCCGAAGGUGAAGUGGCAUCUUCGGAGGAAUAUGAAAUUGAAGAGGAGGCCUUGAACAGGUUGUGGAAGAAGCAUAGACAAAAGUUUGAAAGAAAAAUGGCAGGGUUUCUUGCAGAGGAACGGGAUGCAUUGGAAGUGGCCUGGCAUGUGCUGGAAAAUGCUGGGCAUCUCAGGACAAAGUUUGGCAGGUUUCGGACGACUUUGGGUCAAAAGGCCACAGCCCAAGAUGCCCCUGAGGGCCCCGAUCUCCUGCCUAUCUCGUUAGAUGCCCUAGAGCUACGCCGGGACAUUCAGUCGGAAGUUCGGGCGUGGGUCAUAUUGAUGGCUUGGGCAUUGAACUUCUUGUACUGCACAGGCUGGGAGCAACCACGCCACAUGGAUCAUCCCGGGAAGCUGACUACGGCGCAAACCAAGAUGGUUGAUCAGCACUUGGUGCCCGCGGUGAGGCGCAUGUGCCCGAAGGGAUUGAAGAUCCCAUCUUAUCAGAAACUAAAGGAGCAGCUUCAGAAGAAAGGCUACGGUUAUGAUGGAUCUAAAUGGCCAGAGACGGUACCCCAGUCGUAUGUGCGGGCCUCGGAUGCCGAGUGGGAGAGGCUCGUGGCAGAGGGGUAUCAGCUAGGUCUUUUUCAGCCUUGCCCGGAGGAAGAGAUCUUGAGAAGCCCCUCCGGUGAAAUGAUCCUGAAUGGGGCCGGAGCAGUCCCAAAAGAGAAGAAUGGCAAGAUCUUGCAAAGAUUUAUAUCUAUUUUAUGUCCAUUGAAUGCGGUGAGCCGCAAAAUUGAAGGAGAUGAGUCGACCUUGCCCUAUGUGGGCCAGGUGGGGCUUUGUGAAUUGGAGGCCGAAGGAGCCAUAGUUAUAGACAGUGAAGAUUUGCAGUCGGCCUUCAAUUUGUUUGAGAUGCCACGGGGAUGGCGUGGCAUGUUCGUGUACCGCAAGCAGGUGAGAGGAGGAGUCCUUGGCUUGCCUCACGAUGAGAUGACAUGGGUGUCGCUGAGGACGGUGCCUAUGGGAUGGCUCUCCGCAGUGGGGAUUGUUCAACAAGCCAUCAGGACUCUCGCGUUUGAGGAAGCUGGACUCCCCAGACAGUUUGAAAUUCAAAAGAACAAGGAGCUCCCUGAGGGAGAACGCUUCUUACUUUACUUGGACUCGGUGGAUCAGUUGAGGCCGGUCAGCCAAGCAAUGAGAAAGGUAGUGGAAGGACAGGCGAGCCCUGAGCACCAGCGUUUUGAAGAGGCAUGCCGGCGGUGCGGAUUGCCUACCAAUAUGAGCAAGCGUUUGGCGGGGGCCCUAAGAGGAACCCUACAGGGGGGACUCCUUGAUGGAGAAGCAGGGGUGUUCAUGCUGCACCCGGACAAAGGGGCCUUUAUAAUCGGAGCUUGCAUGUGCCUGCUGGGAUCCCGGACAUGGGAAACUAGAGUGGUGGCAGGGCUCACAGGGCGAUUGGUUUUCGCCGGUGCAUUUCGAAGGCCAGCCAUGUCACUGAUGAGCGAGGUGUUCCAUUACUUCGGCAGCAAGCCUACAUCCAAAGUGGCAAAAGAUGAUGCCUACGAUGAGGUCUUGCUGGCGAUGGCCUUGCUGCCCUUGAGUUUCACAAACCUCAAGGCCUCAAUCUGUGGAAGAAUCUAUGCCACUGACGCCAGUCCAAUGGGGGCCGGGUCGUGCGUAGCCGAGCGCUUCAAGCGCCCGUUUGGGACCACAAGCCCAAAUGACCUGGUGUGUGGGGUGUGCCGGACAGAGCUCACGGAUGAGACAGCCCGUGGAGAAGACUUGGCCUGCCCCGCGAUGUGCGGGUGCAAACUUUGCUCUUUGGAGUGCUGCUUGAGGCACGCGCCUUAUUGCCCGCAUCAAGCGGUAGGAGUUCCAUUGUUUUCGGAGAGGUACAGUGGUCCAGAGGCCAGAUUGUCGAGAACCAUGUUUAAGGCUGGAUUCAGAGUGGUUGACCCCAUAGAUUACAAGUGGGACAGCACUAUGGAUGUAUUCACGGAGAGAGGAAAAGAAUGGUGGGCCCAUGCCGAUGCAUCAGACCCAACCCUUGAGCAUCACGCUCCGGACAGCAAAACCUUUUCAAGGGCGCGGGGUAGGCCUUAUCAGUUUGCCGGAAAAUGGUAUGAGGGGCCAGUGGCACUGAGGGAUGAAAGCCACGUGAUGGGGUUCACUUACCUAGCAGCGCAUGAGGCAGCAGCGGUGAGGAAAGGAAACAAGAUGGCAAUGAGAUCCAUCGCGAGGUGCAGGACCCUCCACGAAGAAGGUCGCUUCUUCACCUUGGAUCACCCCCGGCGCUCUUGGAUGUGGUAUACCAAGCCAGCCAUAGACCUGGCAGGUCUUCCAGGAGUGAGGAUGGCGAUCUUCUCCCAUUGCUGUUAUGGGGGAAGGCGCAAAAAGUGGACGAGCUUACUGACCAACAGCGAGACCAUCUACCAAGCCCUUCACAAGCCUGUUUGCCCCCACGGAGAUGGGGAGGAUUACCCGCCGUACUGGGAUCAGCAGCUUGGCCAGGUGGUGUUCCCAAUGGAGCAAGAAGCAACAUACCCCUGGGGUUUGUGUGAGGAGUACGCCAAAGCAGCCGUCAACCUCAUGAACCUGAGUGAGCACAGGGAAAAAGCCCUUGCCGAAGUACGCAAGGUGAAGAUCAGAGAAGACCUCAUGAAAUAUGACCGGCUGCAAAGUCCGGGCUUGCAGGAAAAGGUGGUCAGUGGCAUCUUGCAUAUGGAGAGGACCAUGCAAAUUGGGUUCGAAAAAGCUCAUCUACAGCAACUUCUUCGCCUGGGUCACUAUCGUGGCACAGAUGUCAGGUUGGCCGUCGAGGAACAGGGAGGACGGCAACUGUUUCCGUACCCAGCCUAUAGAUGGCUGUGGCGUGACGUGCUGUCAUUCAGAUGGCGACAGGAAGGGCAUAUCAAUGAGUUGGAAUUUCAGGCCUUUUUGGCCCACAUUCGCCGAGUGCUGCGGGAGCCUGACAUGCGCCACAAAAGGGUGUUUGUGGUCGUGGACAGUCAGGUGAUGCCUAAGGCCCCACAGACACUUCGCUAUGCCGGGCAGGCAAUUCCCAUGCCAGCCAAUGUGGUAUUAGCCCUUGCCGGGGCAGCGCUUGAGGUGCGGGAGCAUGCGCUUGCCCUCCGUUUGCUUUUAGAUACUCUAAACCUAGCCUCGGUUGGCUUUACUGCUUACAGCAUCAGGGUGCUGACCAGUGAUGAACUGACCAUGGUCCAGGAAGCUCUGGAGGAUGACCACUUCUUCAAGUGCGACCUGGAGUUGGAGGAUGGGAAGAUCAGCGAAGGAAUGAAGGCCCGCCCCGCCCGCGGUUGGACCCGAUCCGCCCAGGGCGGAGGCGUGAAGUUUGCCGGUGCGAGGUGUUGGGGGAAUGCUGAGAAGAACGAGCUGGGAAGAUGCCAACUGGUUUCAGUACACUUAGAGUAG